AUGGGAAACAAAAUACACGCUGGUUUUACCUUCACCCCAUCCCACGCCCGCUCUCUCGAUUGUUUUGUUUGCCUUCUUGUCCUAUUCUCAUUUCGCUCCACACCACCUCACGGCCGCCACCCCGCCAUUGAACCUACUUUAUUGAUUUCUCAUUAUUACAGAGGUCAAAUGUUGGGAACAUACAACGGUGACAGCAAAGCAGAAACGGAUGGAAAAGACAACUCCAUUUGUCAUAUCUGCAGUGAUGUGGCGACUGGAAGACACUACGGAGCAAUUGCUUGUAACGGAUGCAAGGGAUUUUUCAGACGAACCGUUCGACGGAACUAUGAAUAUCAUUGUAGAUUUGAGUCGAAGUGUGAAAUUGACAAGCAUAACCGCGCAGUGUGUCGUUACUGUCGCUUUAUGAAAUGUAUUUCAUCCGGAAUGCGCGACGAUCAAGUUCAAAGUGAAAGGGAUGUAAUUGGUAAAAGAGAAAAAAAAGACAACAUGAAAACCUAUUGUCAAGACCCGACUCCGAGAACCUCACCCGAACUAACAAUGUCCCCAGUGGAAGAUGAGUACGAUCAACUAUUGGAAAGCCUCUUGAAGUCGGAGAUGACGAUUCAAAGUCUUCGUGAUACAGUGAUCACGCAGACCGGAAAUGUGGAAUACACCACCAAAUCUAAGAAUAGAUUGUCCCACACAGACCGAACAGCAACUUUGAACGACGUCCUUAAAUCCAUGCACAGUCAACUUUUGCUGGUCAUAGAAUGGGCGAAAACACUGCCGGAAUUUAAACAACUUUCCGGUGCUGAUCAGGCCGUUCUUCUCAAAAACUUUGCUGGUCAGCACGUGACUCUUUGUGUGGCUUAUCGCUCUGUUGGUGCAAAUGACGCUUUGAAACUUCUCAACGAUCUCUACAUUCCAAGGGCUUCAAAAACCACACCACAUCUGAAAGAAUAUGUGGAUGGAUUCUAUUUACGUGACUGUGAAAAAGUGAUGGACCAGUUGGUGGAACCAAUGCGAUUUUUGAAGCUCGACAACAAGGAAUUUGUGGCUCUCAAAGCUUGCGUUCUUUUCAAUCCCGUGGCACCGGGUCUAUCCAACCAUGCUGUUAAUUUGGUCCUUAACGCAAGAAGGAAAAUUUUCGCCGCAUUCGAAAAAUAUGUAAGAGUGAACAAACCGCUGGAAACCACACGAGUCGGAGAUUUGACAUUUUUCAUUCUCACACCGCUUUCGGUUCUUUCAAAAUCAAUUUCGGAAGAUAUCAUGUUCACAAAAGUCAGCGGUGUUGCGAGAAUUGAUGUUUUGAUGGAAGAACUGAUAUUGGCUGAAACUGAUUACGGGGAAGAUAGACAAGAUCAAACUCCAUGCUCAAUUAUGAACGACACACCGUCGGGAAGCCAAGAUAUGUGUUCACCGUGCCCGGAGGAUCUUCUGCGAACCUCCACUUCAAGCAACUCUCCCACAAACUCAUCUCUCACUGCCGGCCUCUUGCUCAAAACAGACGAUGCUAUGAUGUCAGGAAUCGGAACACAAUACACAACUCCACAACCUCACACACCACAAUUUGCCGACUCCUCUCACCUAAACCUGCCGUAUGCUCCGUUCACUUCUAGCUACAACCAAUAUCCAAACACUUACUCAUAGUAGUCGAUUCUCAAAAAAAACUUUUUAAUCCAAGUGUCUAUUCUAUCUAUCCGUUUCAUGUUCUCAAACUGUGAUAUUUGACAAUGCCCGAAAAUUCACCAGAAAAAAGUUAUUUGAACUCCCAGAAAAUGCCAUUGAAACACAAUUUGACGGGUUAGAGCAAACUCAUUUGUUAAGAAUAUAUUUUGUUUCCCACCCCCUAAUAAAUAUAAUUUUUAUAAUUUUCUCACAGUUUUCAAUGAUCUGUUAUAAAACACAAUCUUUUCAUAAAAUCUUUGAAUCUGAAAU